UAGUAUAGGUUCUGUAGCUGCGCUGGAGCGGAGACCCCAGAAGAGCCCAGGCCCCCGAGCGCCUGACAGGGAGCAGGGCUGCCUCUCGGAGCCCGGCUCGGGACGCGGGGACAGCGGCAGCGGGGCCGGGAGGGAAGCGGUGCUGGCGCCGGGUCCUCGCUCGGGCUGUAGCCGGCGGCGGGUCCCCGGGCGGGGGGCGGUCCUGCUGCCUCUUCUCCCGUGAACGAUGCGGCACCCGCCGCUGGGCUGGGUCGGAGCUCGGCCGGCGGCGGCCCCUUGCUGUGUCCGGGUUGAGGCCGCCGGGCCCCGGGCCCCACGCGGCGGCCGGGCGAGCGCAGGAUGCUGAGAGCGGCCCCGCGCCCUGGUGCUGCUGCCGCGGGGAAAGGGCCCCCGCGGGGCUGAACGCGGACUCUCCCCUUCCUCUCCCGGGCUCUCGGCGCCUCCCCCGGGCCCUACCCGCCCCCGCCGAGUCAUCGUCUCCCACAGGAGUAACAGCGGCGGCGGCGGGUCUGCUCCUCCCCUCCGGCCGCGCCGAGCGGCGGAAGAUGGCGUGGGUGCUGAAGAUGGAUGAAGUGAUCGAGUCCGGGCUGGCGCACGACUUCGAUGCCAGCCUCUCCGGCAUUGGGCAGGAGCUGGGAGCCAGCGCCUACAGCAUGAGUGAUGUUUUGGCACUGCCAAUUUUCAAGCAGGAAGAUUCCAGCCUUCCACCAGACAGUGAGACCAAACAUCCACCGUUUCAAUAUGUUAUGUGUGCUGCAACAUCUCCAGCAGUCAAAUUGCAUGAUGAAACUCUUACUUACUUGAACCAAGGUCAGUCCUAUGAAAUACGGAUGCUAGAGAAUCGGAAGAUUGGAGACAUGCCGGAGACCAGUGGAAAGCUAGUGAAGAGUAUCAUAAGAGUUGUGUUCCAUGACAGAAGGUUGCAAUAUACAGAGCACCAGCAACUGGAAGGCUGGAAGUGGAAUCGCCCUGGGGACAGACUUCUUGACUUAGAUAUUCCAAUGUCUGUUGGAGUAAUUGAUCUAAAGACAAAUCCAAGCCAGCUCAAUGCAGUCGAAUUUCUGUGGGAUCCUGGAAAGCGUACAUCUGCCUUUAUUCAGGUACAUUGCAUCAGCACUGAAUUUACCCCACGUAAACAUGGAGGUGAAAAAGGAGUUCCUUUUAGGAUUCAGGUUGACACUUUUAAGCAGACUGAAAAUGGAGAAUACACAGAUCAUUUGCAUUCAGCCAGCUGCCAAAUUAAAGUUUUUAAGCCAAAAGGAGCAGACAGGAAACAGAAAACAGACAGAGAAAAGAUGGAGAAGCGAACUGCACAUGAAAAAGAAAAGUAUCAACCUUCGUAUGACACCACAAUCCUCACAGAGAUGAGGCUUGAGCCUAUAAUUGAAGAUGCAGUUGAACAUGAGCAGAAAAAGUCCAGCAAGCGGACUUUGCCAGCAGACUGCGGUGAUUCUCUGGCAAAGCGAGGCACUUGCUCACCAUGGCCUGAUACUCCUACGGCAUUUGUAAACAACAGCCCUACCCCAACACCAACUUUUACCUCUGCUCAACAUAGUACCUACAGUGUCCCAGACAGCAAUUCUUCCUCCCCAAAUCAUCAAGGAGAUGGAACUUCUCAAGGGUCUGGAGAUCAACUUCAUCCUUCAGCCACAAUCCAGGAAACUCAGCAGUGGUUACUCAAACAUAGGUUCUCUACCUAUACAAGGCUUUUUUCAAAUUUCUCAGGUGCUGAUUUAUUAAAGCUGACAAGAGAGGACCUGGUACAAAUCUGUGGUCCAGCCGAUGGUAUUCGGCUAUAUAAUGCACUGAAAUCCAGGUCUGUUAGGCCCCGUUUAACAAUCUAUGUCUGCCAGGAGCCACUGAGGAGCAUACAACUGGAAAGGCAGCAAGAUGCAGCCAAUGGUGAUAACAGCAAUGGUGCAAUAUAUGUUUAUCAUGCAAUCUACUUAGAAGAAAUGGCAGCCUCAGAAGUCACUCGCAAGCUUGCUUUGGUGUUUAAUAUUCCUUUGCAUCAGAUUAAUCAGGUUUACAGACAGGGUCCUACUGGUAUCCACAUCCUCGUUAGUGAUCAGCAACAGUGUGACUGGAACGAAAGAUUGAAGUUCUCCUUUCUUCACUCCCAAAGAUGGUUCAGAACUUUCAAGAUGAGAGUUGCUUCUUAGUCACCGCAAUAAAAGCUGAAAAUGGUGAAGGUUUCCAUAUAAUUCUGAAAUGAUGUCAUAUAUAUAUAGAGAGAGAGGAUAUAUACUGGACUGAUAUUCCAAUGCAGAAUGAAGUCAUGCUUAAUGACGAUGAAGAACAUCCAAAAACUCUUAGGAUUGGACUUCACCAUAUAAAAUGUUUCAUAUUGAAAACACAAGACCUUUCUAAUGAGUUGUUUGAUAGGUGAACUUUCUUAUCACUGCCAUAGCUAAGUGUCCUCAUAAGAGGUAUAAUGCCAUGACAGCCUAUGUACAGGCAUGGAAGACAAUAUAAGCAAAGGUGCUUGCCCUUUACUGAAAUAAGGCAAAUUAUGGCCAGUAGAUACAGUUUCUAGAAGCAGUAUUGCUUUCCUAUUAUACUGUGUCCAGUUUGGAGAUGAAUGUAAACUUAUUCUGGGGCAUUUACCUUUCUGUGCCAGUUUGUCUAUUACUUGCUUGUAUCUUAUGCUGAUUUUAUUUUUUGAUGUUAGCAGAGCACAUAGUAAUCUGUGUGGAGAUGAGUAGUUAAGAUGAUAGUGAUCAGGUUGUUGGGUCUUUGAGAGGGAAGCUGUCAAAACAGCUUCCCUGUGUAAAUUGUGUAUGUAAGAAAUGUAAAUGCCAGAACAGGAUUUUAAUAAGUCCUAGCCAGAUGCAAUAUAUGCAUGCAGCAAACUGCAUUAUUGACAGUACCUUGUUGAAAGGAUUAACAUAAAUCCUGUGGGGUACGAAGUAAUUGUUUUGCUUUUAACAAAUUUAAUGGAAAAAUAAUUGCCUAUGCAUCCUUAAUUUUUAGUUUCCAGUUUCUCUAAGAAGCAGUGCUGCAGGGUGGUUGUUUUUUUUUGUUUUUUGUUUUUUGCUUUUUAAAAUGGUGGAUUUAAAAACAACAAACUGCCAGUAAUGAUGGGGGGGGGGGAGGUUGGUUUUGGGGGGGGAAAUGUGACCCACUGGCACCAAGGGGCUACAACACAGCUUUAAGUACUGUCAAUUACAUUGCUCAAGAAACACUAAAUAUACACCACUUAAUCUCUUUAGUAGCAGGUAUGUCUUGCUAUAAUCACUCUUUAUGGGCAGGUAUCUUGACCUUUUCUGUGAUUUCUUUAUUCUCAGAUUGAUACUGUAAAUUUUUUUUCUUACAGUGCCUCUUCCAUAUGACCAAAUACUUAUUUUUGAAACAGGCAAUGUGCUUUUCAAAAUUGAGUUUUUCCUUGAAAUUGUCAAAUGUAUGGCACUGCUAUUCAAACAUUUAAUAUUAAUGUCCACUUAUGAGUAUAUAUUAUUAUUUUGGUACUUUGGGGAAGAUUUUUCAAAGGCAGAAAAAUCCCCCUUUUACUCACAGUAUCCUCCCUCCCUUUAAAUCAAUUUGAAAGUUUUGAAUGCUGUAGUGCGAAAUCAUUUAUAGAGAACAAAAACUACUACAGCAUGCAAAAUGCUACUUUGAUAUUAUUUAAUUCCUUCUUUAGCUGGGUUAAGUGCUUACCAAGAAAGCCUUUUUAAAGCUGUAGCAAUUCUGCAAACUUAAAUGUUUUUCUACACUGAUAAAAUGGAAUUUUGUGGACUUAAGUUCAAGUUUCUUCUGCCUAUAAAUUGUUCAUCUUUGGGUAUUGGUAGUUUAUUGAACUGACAGUUGUCAUUUCACCUCAGCACCAUUUUCAAAUCCCAAAUGUUUUAUAAGAGUGGAAAAAUCCUUGAUUGGAAAGUAUCCAACUAAAUUUAAAGGAAGUGUAUAGUAGUUUGUCCAGCUCACUUGAAAUUGGAAUUAAAUUAUGGCACCAGCAAAUUGCUUUUAUUUUAAGAUGUACACAUUUCAAUUUAAGUAUAAUAAAUGUUUUUCAAUAA